AUGCCUUUCCUAGACAAGUACGACGUUUUAGAAACUCUUGGUGCCGGUGGUUUUGCCGUUGUGCGCAAGGCGAAGCAUCGUAACACGGGUGAAAUCGUCGCCGUGAAGACGCUUCGCGUCGAAGACAGCGACGAUGAGGAUGAGCUUCAAUCCAUGACGCUUCAUGAAGUCAAGCGCGAACUCGUCAUGAUGCAGCAGCUCUCAGCGCACCCGCAUAUCGUCACCAUACGAGAGUUUUUCACUGAACAAAACGAUGAAGUCGUGCACGUCGUCAUGGAUUGCUUGCAAGGCGAGGAGCUCGACGAUUUGGUGAACGCGCGCGGGGCAUUUAGCGAAGAAGAGGUCAAGAUAAUAAUGUCUGCCAUGCUCGAUGCAGUGGCGUUCAUGCACGGCAAGGGUGUCAUUCAUAGAGAUUUGAAGCUCGAGAACUUUGUUCUGGCUGAAAAGGGCGAUUUGAAGUCGUUGAACAUUGUCGAUUUUGGUUUGGCGAAGGCGUUGAACGCUCGUCAAAAAGCGCAGCACGUGUGUGGUACACUAUCGUACAUCGCCCCAGAGGCGUUACUUGCUGGCGUGUACGGUCAAGGCGUGGAUGUUUGGGCGCUCGGAAUCGCCAUGCACGUCCUGCUCACGAAUACGUGGCCGUUUGAUGACGACGAUGAGGAUGAACUUUACGAGCAAAUCAUUGAAUGUGAUCUCGAUUUCGAAACGGAGGAGUGGGAAUCUGUGAGUGAUGUCGCGAAGGAUUUGAUAGAAGGUUUACUCGAUCCCAAUCCCAAGCGCAGGCUCACCGCGACUCAGGCACUAGAACACGCCUGGUUC